UUCUCUUCCAUCCAGCGGCUGCGGCGCCCGCCCUGACCCAGACCCUCCGCCCCUAGACUGGACUGGCAACGCAGCCCCCCAGCCUCGCACUGGUGUUGGAUGCGAGAGCCUGUGCUUAAGUAAGAAAUCAGGCUUCAUUGGAGACAUUCAAGCAAAGGUUGGACAACUAAUUUUCCAGAACAAAAAGGAAACUCAUGCAUCAGAAAAGGUGGUGUGUGUGGCUGUUGGACUUUGUUAAUCAGCAUGAUUUAGGAUUAAAUAACUGGAAAACAGAAUGCUCCAAGACAUAGAAGACACCAGACUAGCAAGUGACUAAUAAACAUAUCAAAAGAAUAUGGCUGCACAAAUACCAGAAUCUGAUCAGAUAAAACAGUUUAAAGAAUUUCUUGGAACCUACAAUAAACUUACAGAAACCUGCUUUUUGGACUGCGUUAAAGACUUCACAACAAGAGAAGUAAAACCUGAAGAGACCACCUGUUCAGAACAUUGCUUACAGAAAUAUUUAAAAAUGACACAAAGAAUAUCCAUGAGAUUUCAGGAAUAUCAUAUUCAGCAGAAUGAAGCCCUGGCAGCCAAAGCAGGACUCCUUGGCCAACCACGAUAGAGGAGUCCUGAUGGCUGGACUUUAGAUGAAACAUUGCCAGCAGCUGUUGUGAUGGAAAUGAGGAUUCAUCUGAUGGAAUCCCCUGAAAGCAGUAGCCACCAUGUUAAACUGUCAUGACUGUCUGGCAAGUGGGAAACAACUAGAGAAACAAAAUUGCUAUUUACCAUGAAUAAUCAAAAUAGAAGGUCUUACUGUUCAAUCAAAAUAAUAAGAUGCAACAUUUGUUGAGGCCUUAAGAUUCAGCAGCUUGGUAACUUCAUUAGAUAAAUAAACCAUUGUUUCUUCAAUUGUGACUGUUAAUUUUAAAAGCAAAAUAAUGUGUUCAAUCAUGUAUGAGAUAGAAAAAAUUUUUUAUUACUAAAAGUAAAAUAAAUGGAAAUAUCACUGAGCAGUUGUUUAUACUAUAUAUAGUACCGUAGUAUGCUGACUGGACUGUGGAUACGUUGAAAUGUUUUUCAAUCACGAUCAUCCUCCAAGUAUUCCUGUUCAUUCAUGUCUGUCUCAAAUUGCUGGUAAAUACAUAAAAUAGUUACUUGCUAAUAAUUUCAAUGCACAAUCCUUUUCUUGCCUCCCUUCUUGCAUCAGGAUGGGUAUUACACAUUCUUAUCCUAGCCAUAUUUUCGUAUAUCUUCAGGAAACAUCCCAUCUGAGAUUACCUUGGGAAUGUUUAAGAGUUGACUAUUAUGCUCUAGUGAAGACUGUGUUUUGUGUUUUGUCCGAACGCUGAGAGUCUAACAAUACACAGUGUAUUCUCAGCUAUGUCAUGUGAUCAAUGCAAUAAAAAGUGAACCGAAGUUAUGGUAGUGUCUUAGAGCUAAAGGAAUCCUAAAACAAAUCCAAACAUCUGCAGGAAAAUUCUAGUUGAUGCAUAAGUAUACCAAGCAGUUUGGAAAAUGUACAUAGACUAAUACCUACUAAUAAAUGGACUUAUGAAUGGA